UGACAGCCCAACACAGUUGGCACAGCCUCGUCCAGUGAGGGGGUAACGAGAGAGAGAGGGAGAGAGAGGACAGGGUAAGUUCGGCGAGAAGGAAAAGAAGUAGAGACUCUCAACUCCUUGACUUCAGACACUUACCUUCGGAUGAUCUUGGAAGGAAAAGAAGCAACCCUGGAAUGAGAGCUACCUCUACUAAAUGCAUCUGAAUUCCUGCCCUCCUUUGCCUCGUCCUUUGGUUUCUCUCUCUCUCUCUCUCUCUGGCACAGGCCACUCCACUGGCAGGGCAGCACAGAGCCUUUUUCUAGGUAGAAAAAAAACAUCAGGGCUCAUCCCUUUACCCGCUGCACAGGAGGAAACCCCUACAGGAGGAAACCUCCAUAUUUUUCAUCUUCUGCCUCUGACCAUCCGUCAUGACCUUGCUGGCCUCUGAGAGGUCGCUGCUCAUCCGGAGCAAAUUCCGCUCAGUUCUGCAGUUGCGAAUACAAAAUCGCAGACAACAGAAAGAGCUAAAUGCUGACUCUGAAGGCGUGAAGGCCUCCUGCUCUGACAAAGUAGGGGAGAAAGAGGCCAAUAGCACCGGGCAUCAGACAGUGGAUGGCACCACUCUGAAGUCGCCCCCUAGUGCUCUGACUGCUGAAACUGCACAAGACAAAGCUAGCGGUGGUGCUCAGAGACAGAAAAAGGCUCGUCUGGUUGAAAAUGUCAGUGAGAAGAUCCAGAGGCGAUCUGGGUCCAUUGAGCUAGUUCAGAAACACACUGCACCAUUAGAAAACACUUCUGUUUCCUUUUCCUUACGCUCAGAUGUCUUCGAAGAUGACAUCUCCUCGUGUUCUUCUACGUCUCCCGAGCAACUCGGGACACACCAAUCCCCCAGCUUCUCCUCUUCACCUGGGCUGAGCAGCGACCAGUCACUGAGUGAUGUGUCACCUGUUGCCGUGCCCAUCAACCACAGCCCAAGCAAUGUUCAGCAGUGUGGUUCAGCUUUGCUCCCAGGAACUGAGGGCAUCACGGAGUCAGUGACCAUGACAGUGGCAGGGUCAAACUCCAUGGCAAUGACUGGGAGACCCAAAGGAGUGUAUGUGUCCUCUCAGACGUCGCUGCUGCCAAAGACAGCUCAGUGCCUAACCCCAACUACUCAUUCCAUUCUCGGAGGGUCUUUAUCCUCGCCACGCCCUCCACGGCCACGGAAACCUCGUGACUGUAAGCCAAAAAUGAGGAAGCUGAAGUACCACCAGUACAUACCCCCAGACCAACGGGGCAACACUGGAGGCACUUCUGGGAACAAUUCCCAAAAGAACAGCACCACUCAAGUUCAGCCUAUCGAUCCUGCGUACUCUCGCCUCCUACACCAGCAGCAGGUUUUCCUGCAACUGCAGAUACUAAACCAGCAACAACAGCUCACUGUGGCAACCAGUGAAAAUCAAGUAGUGACGAUUUCUGGAGCCGGACCACAAAGUUGCCUUCAGCCUGCUCCUUCACAAACAAACGGCAUGCUCCUGGAAACAAACUCCGCCCACAAGCUAGAUUUACUUCCCCCCAACCUUGACGAUCUAACGGUGUCAGAACUCCGACAGCAGUUACGCAAACGCGGACUCCCGGUCUCUGGCACCAAACCUGCUCUGUUAGAGAGGCUCCGCCCCUUCCAGAUGCCCCGUCCCCAGCUAACACCUGCCCCACUUUGCCAGUUGGAAGGGACCCUAGAACCUCCUCCACCCCCUAAUUUAAGCCCGUCUAGUAGCCCGUCACAGAUUUACAUCCAGCCAUCAGCAGUGGUGGAGGAAGGUUUGGCUGGUGCCACUUACUUGACAUCCCCAUCUUCUUCUGCGAGUUCAAGUCCAAACCUGCAGGCCCCCUCACCUCCAGUGCCUUCCAGUGCUCUCUGGAGGUCAGAGCAGGCAGCAGAGGAGCUGACCGUGGAACUGGAGAUGAGGGAGAGGAUUCGGAGCAGACCCAGAGGAAAAGCUCUGGGCACAGUCACACAGACAAGUGGAAGUUCCCUACAUCCCUUCCUGCAACAGGACCCAGGAUGUGCCAGAGGGAAACCAGACACAGAAAGACAGGAAGUGCUGUUUACACAGCAGGUGUUUUCCUGUCAGCCGUGUGAUACUAUCUCCCAGGAUUUUGAGUUACCGAUGCAAAUCACAGCUAGCCCAGAGCAAGCUCCACCCCACACUGAACGCAGUCUCGAGGAACUACUGCAGGAGGCAAUUCAAAGAGUACAGAUGGAUCCACAUGAGUCCAUAGAUGACAUUUUAGAGGAACCUGUUAGCUGUUCUGGUAACACCGGUAUCACUUCAGUACUCCAGUCAUCCAUCACCACCCUCUCAGGCUCCUCCCCUGCCCCAUCACCUGACCAACUGCAACCUACCCAGCUCAGCUCGAAAGACGAAAGUGGCCGCUCAUCUCCGCUUUGCUCUUCACUCCUACUGGAGCUUCCACCCUCCCCUGCCCAUGCCCUGCCCCUUGCAUCUAACCCUGCCCCUCCUCCUCCCCCUCCUUCUCCCCUCUGCACGACUCCUCCUCUAAGUGCUCGUUCCAGAAAGAGGAGGUCAGAUGUGCCUGCAUUUGAUGCUGCUGAUUGGCUGGAAUCUCUGACAUCUGGCCUGCACCCUCUCACGCCUCCAGUGGCACCUUUCGUGGAAAGCGACUUUGCCCUCGAUUCAGACCUGAACAUAAGCAGGGUCCUUGACCUAAUGGUGGAGCAGUGGUGAGGGACGAGAAGGUGUGUGUGUAUGUACGUACGUACGUAUGUGUGUUUGUGUGUGUGUGUGCGCGCGUGUGUGUGUGUGAAUGCGUGCGUGCAUGUGUGUGUAAUUGGAUGCUUGACGGGUAAUUACCCACUGUUCAAAUCUUGUCUCCCUGGAGAGGUGACCCCAUCUCCAUCCUUUCCUUUAAUAUCCAUCCAUCUCUGUCCAGUGAUGUGACCAAACAGAUUCUGACUGCUGUUGACUGCAACUCUCUACUCCACGCAACGUCGGGAGAGAGAGAGAGAGAGAGUGAGAGUGAGAGAGAGAGAGAAAGAGAGAGAAUGCAAUGAAGACAUUACACACAUGUGCAUGUGCACACAUGCACCAUACACUUGUAUAUAUCAAACAAAAUACUUCCUGUAGACCUACCUACUCCCUCAGCGCCAGACAAAGUGUCGGCAUGGAGAGAGUGGGUGUCUGCAGUGUCUCUUUAUACAUGUUGUGUGUCUUCACAGGGAAGGGAAUGCACUCCCUGUGUGUAUGCUUUUCUUCGCUGCUUUCUCGUGUGUGUAGGGGUUCAUGCAUACACGUGUACUUGUUCUUUAUCUACACUUUCUGCACACUGUACGGUGCCUUAAGCACCCCGAAUGCACUCGUUUCUAUCCGUGUCUGCUGUUGUACAGUUCUUUCCCUGAUUGAACAAAAAAAUCUUUCCAUGUUUCUUAAUGUAUGCAUCUAAAUAGCUGUAAUCAUUUUAAGCGCUGGCACAAAGUCAAGAAACUCAGUGCAACAAUAGGUCCCCUAGAGACACUGAAUUAGAAUGGAAAUAUCUUUAUAUAUAUAUUGUUGUAUCAUUACACUAGGAUAUAAAACACCUGAAUCUCUCUCCCGCUUUUUCCCCCAUUAUAAAUAAUGUAAGCUAUGAUCUCUGAGCCGUGUUCAGCUAAUUUCUAUUUAGAGAACAUAUCUGGAAGCUUUUGGUUUCUAGCUCUACCAAGCAACACAAUUGACUUAAGGAGAAUAGUUUCAAAUGUUCUAUCAUCCACAAUAGUGUUGAUCUUUCAGCAGCCUUUUGCUUAAUGUAGUGUGACUUAUUCACACUAUUACACUUCAGUUCAGUCUGUCUCCUGAAACCAUAUUUGUCCUGGGAGUUUCUAUUCCUUUGCUCCUGUUGCUGCUUUUAACAGCAUUAACC